AUGAAUCCGAUACCUAUUGUUCCGAUUAGAAAAAGCAUACUGUUUCAACGACUCGGAUCAUUAUUGACCGCCAUCGCUAUCACUAUUUUGGCUUUCGCAGGUUGCGUGGUCGCUGGCCAUUCUCGCACUCCAUCGGGGUCCUUGGGUUGCAAAAUCGAUAACAACCGUGUCGCGUACUGGCCAGGCUCUGUUGGCUGUGACGACAUUUGCGUUAGGGUCUACAACGAGGGCCGCUCGGUUCAUCUUCUCCGCAUCGACACUUCCGGGGGAGCCUAUGACAUAUCCUACGAUGCCUGGAACUACCUUGCCUUCGGUAAAUCUGCCGUCGAGGAGCCCCAUAUGGGUGGUGGCAUCGGCAUGAACUACGAUGUUGUCCACGCCUCGGAAUGCCAGCAUUUGCUCCAUGAGGGCAAGCUUCCCCUUUCAGCCGCCAAUAGCAUGAAUUAUGUCGCAUCUUGCAUUGCCCAGCCCACGAGCUGGGUUGCGCAGAACCAUGUGUUAUAUAAUAUUCAGGACCAAGUGUGUAAAUUAGGUGUGGAUGAAGAAUGCCACCUGGACCUUGCCAUCAGUAACCAGCCAUCCUGCCCCAGUCCCCUUGGUAUUGAAGCUCCUCUUAACAAUAAAGUUGAGAAUAUUCAAUAUGGCACAGGCAAAAAGAUAGCCGCGUAA